GAUGGCCCUGUGGGGAAGAGCCUCAGGAUCUGCCCUUUCCGUACCUGGACUCCCACCCAGUUUCCCCUGGGGGCAGAUAAUUGAGGUGGCGUCCCCAGUCUGGCCAGACUGAGCAACUGGCUGGCACCAGAACCCAGGCCCCCAGGCCCAUACUGUUCAGACAUAGGUGGGAGAUAGGACUCCUCUUACUUCUCAGUGCCCUGGAGGGAUCCACAGGUCCAGGACCCUCCAGUGUAUUAUCCCCUCCCCUGGGAUAAUAUACAAAAUUAGAAGGGUCAGGGGCAUAAGGGUGACUUGGAACCCUCUUUAGACUUUCACUACCACUACACGGGGAAACAGUUUCCUGGGCCCUGCGGGGUGGGCAAGAGCAGGGGGAGAACUCUUCCAUACCUGCCCAGAUGCUCUCCCGGGCUGCCUGGAGCUCUGUGCUGAGAAGAGGAGGACUUGGAACUCGAGGGACACACAGCCCAGGAGGCCCUGCCCGCGCCCAGGGGAAGAUGAGCCCCUACACCAACUACUUCGCCCAGCGCUCCUACCCCAUGCCCGACGAGCCCUUCUGCACCCAGCUCAACGCCGAGCAGCGAGCCCUGAAGGAGAAGGAGAAGGGCAGCUGGACCCAGCUGAGCCGCGCCGAGAAGGUGGCCUUGUACCGGCUCCAGUACCACCAGACCUUUGCGGAGAUGAACCGGCGCUCCAACGAGUGGAAGACAGUGAUGGGCUGCGUCUUCUUCUUCAUUGGGUUGACGGCCCUGCUGAUUUGGUGGCAGCGUGUUUACGGUGAGUGGCUGCAAAUGUGAGCCAUGCCCGUGUGGCCAUGGCCACGGGCCAAACCCUUACGGAAGCCAUGUUGUGACUCACCUAAAAACUUGAAAAGUCUCCAAAGAGGUGGAGGGUGAAGGACAGAACGUUGGCUGUCCUGGAUGAAAUGUAGGGACUCUACCUCUAAAGGCCUCAGGUUCCUCAUCUGUACAAUGGGAAUAAUAAUGCCCAUGUCUCAGUGUUCUUGUGAGGAUUAAUGAGAGGGACUUGGGCCAGUGCUUGCCACAUGGUCUUGAGGGUGUUGUUACUGAUUUUCUGUGUAUUAACCAUGUAGAUUCCAGUAUGUUGUUUCAGCUGCUGUAACAAAGAUCCCCAGCAUAAGAACUUAAGCAGUAUAGAGGUUUAUUCCUUUAUCACAAAAUGAGGCUAAAGAUAUAAUUCAGAGGCUGGUUUGGGGGUGCACACCUGUAAUCCCAGAGACUUGGGAGGCUGAGACAGGAGGAUCACAAGUUCAAGGCCAGCCUCAGCAAGAAGCUGAGCAAGACCCUCAAUGACUUAAUAAGACCCUGUCUCAAAUUAAAAAAAUAAAAGGGGCUGGGGAAUGUAGCUUAGUGGUAAAUGGUCCCUGGGCUCAAUUAGGGGAAAAAAGAAAGAAAGAGAAAAAAGAAAAAAGAAACAAUCCAGAUGAGUAUUGGGACUCCACAAAGCAGGCUCCUUCUGACUAGUUUCUCUGCCAUCUUUAACAUGUAGCUUCCAUCUUGACACACAAGAUGGCUGCUCAACUCCUGCCACAUCUCCUUGCAUCCUAUUGGCUAGAAGUGUUCACAUGAUCCUGCCUAACUACAAGGGAAGCUGGGAUAUGUAGUCUUUUGUUGGGUCUCAUGUGUCCAGCUGAGGUUUUAUUAUCUCAGAAGAAUGGUUCUCCGAGUGUCCCUGGACAGACAGCCCCACCGGCAACCCUGCUGGACAUGCAUGUUCCCGGCCCCCUCCAGAUCUGCUGAGUCGGACACUCGGAGUGGAACCCGCCCUCCCUGCCUCGUCCCCCUCUCCUUCCUUCUCUUUGUGAUACUGGGAAGCUGACCUCAGGCCUCGCCUGUACUGGGCUCCACCCGCAGCCUGUACUCCUUUUAAAACAGCCUCCCUGGCUGGUUCCAAGGCUCUCCCAGGCCUGAAGCCAUUGCUCUGGACAAAGGGGUAAGGACCUUGAGGAAGCCUGGCAUCCACCCAGUGGCCUGGCCUGGUUUCCUGUGUGACAGUGCACGAGGGUGAAAUGAGACCGCCUCUGGGACUGUCUGGUGUGGCCAGUGUGGCACAUAAUAGGUGCCAGUGAAGACAAUGCCUUUCCUUCCCCUCUCUGGGAUGGAAGCACCAGGGAUGGAGGCCAGGCAGCCCAGGUGGGCUGCAGAGGCAGCUUGGCCAGGGAGGAGAAGGUUGGGAGUGUGGCCCCAGGACCUCCCUACCCACACUGUGCCCGUAGUUUUACAAAUACUAACUCCCUGGAUCCCUACAACCCUCCAGGAUAGGACCUGUUUUUGAACAGGUAAGGAAUCUGAGGCUCAGAGAGGUGAGGUGACUUAUUGACUUAAUCAAGGCCACACAGCAAGGGAGUGGUGUAGCUGGGAUUUGGAUUCAGUGGUCUUCAAAUCAGUGCUCCUACUACCAUUGGCUACAGAGGUAGGUGAGGACCCAGAGGCUCAGGCUGGGGAAGGACCUGGCCCAGUUCCUACUGUGGGUCAGAGGCAAGGCUGGGAUUAGAACCUAGAGUUCCCUGGAGUGAUGCUGGUGGGGGCCAGAUAGGAAGAGGGAGGUCCUCAGAGCAGGGCCCCCGACCCUGGGGCUG